GGCUCAGCUCCUCUGACUCGUCAUCAAAAAAGUGUUCGUUUGCACCAUGACGCCGUGCAUGGGGGUGCAGCAGUGUUCGGCGUGCUGCUCUGAAGCCGCGUUUCGUCAACUUCCUCUGUUUUCUCUUUUUGACAACAACAUCAACAAUUAACAAUCAACAACAACAACACCCAAACACAACUAUCGUAUUUCACAAAGGGGCCACCAUAGAAGAAGCGUCUUCAUUUUUAUCGUGUGUGCGUGCCGCUCACUACUCACUUUACGUUUGCUUCCUCAUUUUUUUUCUUUGCUUUUUAUAUCCCCGGCUCACAGCAGAGAGAUAAUACUAUAGAGUCCUUUCGCUGCCGCUUUGUUUGUGGAUUCGUGACAGUUCCUCCCUCCUCCCCCCUUGCCGUUGCUUACAGCAGCUGUACGGCAAACACACGCUCGAUCUCUUCUGCUCAUUUGUACUUCUGCUGCUCUACUUGCUGAGUAUUUGCCAAAUAGGAGCUUUGUUAGACUCGUUCAACGUUUAGGAGAAGAACGAAGUCGAAAAGAGAAACGAACACGCACUGCUUAAAAAAAGAGAAGAAUAGCGCGAUGAGCGCGCAACAGCGAGACGCCGCCACGGACGCGGAGGAGCGUCCCUUCCUCGCACGUCAAAUUCCCUUCCUACGCCUCAGUCGCUAUCAGGCUAACUUUGUCUGCGAAGGCGUUGGCACGUUUGUGUUUCUCCUCACCAUCUCUCUCGCCGAGAUGAACUGCGGCAUCCUCGCAAUUGAUGGGAAGGGCCACACACGCAACCUGGCCCCGAUCGCCGAGGGCUUCAUGCUCUGCGUGUUGGUUUUCAUGUUUGGCUACAUUUCAGGUGGCCACUUCAACCCGGCCGUCACGUUUGCCGUCGUCCUGAUCCAUGGAUUGCGGCUGGAGGAGGCGAUGUCGUACUGGGUAGCGCAGGUCGUUGGUGGCUUUAUUGGGGCGGGGCUCGGCAUCUUAAUCAACGGCACCACGCGUCAUUUACCGGCGCCGCAGGUGGUGCAGAACACGGCGGAGUACAUCGUCAGCGCCUUCAUCGCAGAGGCCGUUUUUACCCUCUUUCUGGUGACCGUGGUGCUGCACGUCGCCUACUCGCAGCAGCGCAACAACCACUACUACGGACUAGCGAUCGGGAUGUGUUUGCUGGCUUCGCAGUACGCCGUCGGUGGUGUCUCGGGCGGCGCCUUCAACCCGGCAGUGGCGACAGGGCUGCAAUUAACGAAGUUCAUCGCGGCGGGCUAUGCGACGCAGCUCAUGUACCUUUGGCUGUACUGGGCCGCUCCUGCGUUGGGGGCCGUGGGUGCGGCGUUCCUCUUUCAACUUACCCACCCCGUCCCGAAGGAUGACGCCGAGGAAGCGCAGCAGCAACGAGUGGUGAAGGACCUCUACUCGAACAUGAACUAA